GGAACUGCCAUUGCCUGAGAGCCACCAGUUUGAUCAAAUGGUUGUCUGCACUGUUUGGACCGUUUACCCCUCUCCUUCGGCUUUGUCCAACUUAGUCCGCGUCUAGGCUACUGUCCUCUAACUGAAUUGAUUUUGUAGGCCCGCCAUAUCUUUGUUACACAGGAUCGAUAUUUUCUGUAGCAUAAACUGUGGUUUGCGAGUACACGCGGGAAGGGAAAUGGAGGGAGGAUAGACUGAACGAGUGUAGGAGAGAUGGGAGUGGAAGAAACUCAGCAGUAUUCGGUUGUAUCAUCUUGUAGAUGUCGAACAGAAGGUGGUGCUUGUGCAUGUUUAAGACGGUAGAGUUGCUUCAAGCGACGGGUGACUGAACACAGAUACGAGAGAGUGGCAGCGGAGGAGGUUUAGCGACCUCAGGGUCGUGACAGCCAGUGACAGCAGGCACAUGGGGCACUUCAACCCUGGCGAGCCUUCCGGGUACAUGCUUCAUCUCUGUCUGUUGGUUUCUGUGACGGCGAUCGUUGUGUUUUAGUGUAGAGUGUUUCGCGAGCUAGCACCUCUUCGCGAACUGGGAGCUGGUAAUAGUCCACUCGAGUAUGCUGCAGAUGGUUGUGUCCUGCACAACGUACAUCUCUCACAUUGCAUCGUCGGAACUCUCGAACUCAACAACGGUGUACUGCAAGUGCACUAAGUUACCAGCUCUCAGGCAGCAAUGCUAGCAGUGGUUUCAAUCUACUUCAUCCGGUAGAAAACAUCUGUCCUCCUAAGCCCUUCUCAAAACUUUGCUUCAUAUUAUGCACCUGACAACUAAACUUCUCGAAUGAUGAAGAGGAAAUUCUCCUCUUAUCCUUUACACGAUGUUGACGUUGACGGGCUUUAAACAUAGUUGAAUGCUCGGAGCAUACGUGACGGCGUGCUACACAGUGCUUCCGGAUGUACAGGCUUGAUCCAACUCUCAUCCCGCAGCAUUCACCACUCGCUCAGCCACGAAUGCUUUCAGUGCUGCCUGAGGCAGCAAACCGCCUCGACUUAACCUCCGCCAUUGCCCACGAACUCCAACGCAUAAACAGCCAACCGGGCUGGCUUCCCUGGAACCAGCAAUUAGGCGAGAUUCAAUGUUCGCAUGAGCCCGCAAAUGGCUUGCAACUCCCGCCUGACUCGCUUCUAUCUCAUCAGAACGCCGGCAGCGCAGGCCGACCCAUUCCGCAGUACAUUCCUCGGUUCGACGAAGCGCUGGGGCCUCCCGCCCAGCAAUUGCCAACGAGAUUGGACCUGUACAGCCCCGACUUGGAGCCGCUUGCAAGCGCACAUCAGGGGUUCUACUCGAGGGCUGACAAUGGAGUACCGAGGGAUGUGGGCGCGCAUCAGCGAACGCGACUGCACCCAGGCCACCAGGCGUUGGACGCAGGUGGGCGGGUGGAGUCCAUGGCGCGAUCGGUGUCGCCAUGGAUCGAGCGCAUGAUGCAGGCGGACGUGACGCCGACGCCGAGCCCGAGCCUGGGCAUCUCGACGAGCCUGAGCCUGUCGCAGAGGGGUCUGGGGGAAGCGAGCUGCGUGGCGAGCCAAACGGCGGAGCUGCAAUCGUGUCACAGCAGCGACGUGCAGCGGAGCGCGUUCCAGUGCGGGGUGCAGCGCGAUCAGUCGACGGCGGAGGCGUCGGCGGAGCUGUGUACGGACGACGAGGACUGGGAGGCACGGCCUUUGGACGAGAAGCGGAAGAAGAGGAUGUUGUCGAACAGGGCGUCAGCGCAACGUUCUCGGCAGAGACGGCAGGAGCGGCUGGACCAGCUGGAAGUGCUGACCGCACAGCUGCGGGUGGAGAACUCGACGUUGCAGAAGAAGCUGGGCGUGGCGGUGCAAGUGGCGAAGAAGUUCGAGGACGAGAACAAGGCGCUGCAGAGGAGAGUGGAGAGGCUGAGCAAGGAGCUGGAGAGCGGGAAGGCAAGGAUGCCGACAGAGCGGGCGUUCGACGAGUGCGCGAGCAGCCAGCAAACAACAUGCACAAGCUCGUGCGAAAUGGUGGGGGGGCGGACGUCGGUGGAUCCGAACGUGAUGCGGAGUGGGAACGAUGGGGAGUCGAUACCGUCGAUGUCAGCGGGGAGUGCAGCAGCCACGGAGACGGAGACGAAAGGAGUGGAGGGGGCGAGCAAUGGGAAGCACGGCGACGGGGUGAGUUCGGUGCGGAAGUCGCUGUCGGAGUGGCGGAUGGGGAAGAAGCGGACGUUGGAGGAGUCGGUUUCGUUCGGGGGAUCGCACAGCGCGCCGAUGGGGAAUUGCAUGGGGCCGGGGUCGGCGUCCGGGGAGUUGUGGACGAGCUCACACACGAGCCUGGCGCGGGCAGGAUCGCCAGGGACGGGGGUAGAGAGGGAAUGCGGGAAUGUGCUGGAGUCGAUGAGGUCGCCGUUCGGGGGGUCGUUCGGGAUGGAGGCGACGAUGAAGGAGGAUGCGAGUCAGAUGGAUUGUAUGGAGGCAGAUCGGUGGUUGGAGUUCGCGGAGUGCUUCAAGUGAGGUGUUGGGGAGAGCGGAUGGUGACACCGCUGAAGCUCAGUGAUGCUAGAUUGUGGAGAGAUGGAGGGGAAGUGGAAGGGUGGUAGCUGGCAGGAGGAUAGAUGAGUAAGAUUUUGAAGAUGUACAUCAUUCAUUAGCUACUUGAAUAGUGAUUACAGGUUCCUACAGUUAUUCUGCCUGCUUGGAGAGAGAUGCACGCUGUUGCGUACUGAAUUACAUCCAAUAUCGAAAUAUGCUCAAGAAUCAUGGGACCACCUUGGUUUAUCUGGAAGUAGCAUCGUCCAUGUAUUGCAAGCCAUUGGGGGUGGCGUUGUGCACCAUUCGAUGUCAGUCUCCACUCCUCACGGCGGUGGAAUUCCGAUGGAGCUUAUGGGUGUGCCUCCUUGACCGGCAUGGUUUUUAAUCAUACGCGGCGCGUGACAAGUGUGGUGUUCUCCACCAACCCACUACGUCUUCCCGGCUGAAUUUGACUUUGACUGCAAAUAUCUUUUCCUAUUUCUAACACGUGCUGGUGGUGGCCGAUUCCAUUUGCGUUCCGGAUUCUGCAGCGCCAUCAGUUGUGCGCCGGAAGUGCGGGAACGGAACUUUCGAGAGAAGCCGCUGGGGAGGUGUAGAUACCACCACCAAUGAGGAUCGUUGGCGCUUGCAUUGGAUGGGCCACCGUUUCCUCGAGGCUGCUGACAUGGGUGUUGGCCUUUGGCAGUGGCUCGUUAUGAGGAAUGCUCUAUGAAUGUCUACGUGUUUGUAAAUGAAUGCCCGAGGGCCAUUUGAAAAUUAUUGGCCUGCCGAACACUUGCUGUUGGCAACGAAACCAAAUUUUUUGUAGUCGGAGAUGGUAACAACUGCUUUUACUCUACUUUCAUGGUA